AUGAACUUUCAAACUUUUCAAACAUUAUUGGCGAAGAAUAUCGCUAAGAUACAUAACGAGUGGAACAUGGAACACCCUUCAAAGAAAGCAAGGAUAGAUGGUUUUGAGGAGUUGAAAGUUAUAUUCUUUAAAUUAAAUACGUUUUAUACCUUUCUAAUAGGAAGAAAGCAUGUGUUAACGAGUUUUGAGACCCUAAAGGGUCCUAUUGAACAGUCUAUACACAGAGAGUUAAAGAUAGAGGACCUUAAUAAAAUUGUAGUAUUGAUGCCAGGAGAUGCUGUAUUAAAAUAUGUUGACAUGAACCAGAUUUGCACUGAGACAAAGAUCUUCGAUUUUAAUAAGGGUGGGUAUCAACAAAAGGACAGUGAUAUCUUUGAAUUAAAGCAAAAUGACUUCGAAAAUGAAGCUGAGGAAACACAGAUAUUAUUAUUCGAGUUUACUGAUGGUAUUAUGCGUGGGCAUAAUACAAGAGCUGAAUAUGGGGGCCAGGUAAAGUUGCCUGAAUACUCUGCUGAAGAAAUGAAGAAGAUGAUUCUUAAGCGAAAACAAAUAUUUAUCGAAAAACUAGAGACGUUUACCUCCAAAAAUAAGGCAGAAGGUAGGGAUCCUUGGGAUGAGCUAUCUAGGUUAUCUCUAGAGAAACUACCACAGAAAACUGUCUAUCUAGAUCCAGUCGAAGCUAUGAUGAACGCGAAAAACAGGAAAACACAUAUCAUUGUCGAUGAGGAGGCUAAUUCUAGUCGACCUACUAUAGAUGUAUUGAUCAAGAAAUUGGAGUCUUCAGAGAUUCACAAUAAUCAAAUAAGUGCAACCCACAGAAUACCUGCACGGAAAGCUAAAUAUGGUGACUUAAACUUUAAAAUGUCAAAUGAAAUUUAUCAAGCUUUCGAACACGACAGACUAUAUUCACAUCAAUCUGAUUCACUGAAUGCUAUACAUUCUGGUGAAAAUGUCAUAAUAACUACAUCCACUUCUUCAGGCAAAUCGUUGAUUUACCAGCUUUCGGCUAUGGAACUUUUAAGCAAAGAUCAUAAUUCUACAUUCAUGUAUAUUUUCCCUACAAAAGCCUUAGCACAGGAUCAAAAGAGAUCAUUUCAACAACUUCUUGCAAAAAUACCUGAGCUAUGCAACGUAAUUGUGGAUACUUAUGAUGGCGAUACUAGCCAGCAAGAUAGAAGUUUUAUCAGAAAAAAUGCUAGAGUUAUAUUCACAAACCCAGAUAUUAUCCAUACUAGUAUUUUACCCAACCACCCUAAUUGGAGACACUUCUUAAUGCACCUGAGACUUGUGGUGGUAGAUGAGCUACAUAUCUAUAAAGGGUUAUUUGGUUCGCACGUUAGCCUUGUCAUGCGUAGAUUGUUAAGGAUUGUAAAAGGGUUUUACGAAAAUGCAAAACUGCAAUUUAUUUCAUGUUCCGCCACUUUGAAGAGGCCAGUUGAUCACAUGAAGCACAUAUUUGGCAUUGAUCAAGUCACUUUAAUUGAUAAAGAUGGUUCUCCUAAUGGUGAUAAAUACCUUGUUAUAUGGAAUCCUCCUAUAUUGUCCCAGCAUCAGAGAAAAAGGCAAAAUUUCAUUCAUGAGAGUGCCAAAAUUUUAGUACAAUUAAUAUUAAACAAUGUUAGGACUAUAGCCUUUUGUUAUGUUCGCCGUGUUUGUGAACUAUUAAUGAAGGAGGUUAGAAAUAUCUUCAAAGAAAUGGGAAGACUGGAUUUGAUUAAUGAAGUAAUGUCUUAUAGAGGCGGCUAUUCAGUGACUGAUAGACGUAAAAUUGAGCAGGAAAUGUUUCAUGGAGGCUUGAGAGCUGUUAUAGCUACCAAUGCUUUAGAAUUAGGUAUUGAUAUUGGUGGAUUAGAUGCAGUAUUGAUGUGUGGCUUCCCUUUGUCCUUAGCAAACUUUCACCAGCAAAGUGGUAGAGCUGGUAGGAGAAACAACGACUCUUUGACGAUAGUGGUUGCAAGUGACUCUCCAGUUGACCAGCACUAUGUGUUGCAUUCUGAAGUUUUACUUGAAUCCAAUAAUUCUGAUGCAUAUCAGGAGUUAGCUCUGGAUUUUGAUAAUGUUAUGAUUUUAGAAGGUCAUAUACAGUGCGCAGCAUUUGAGUUACCAAUCCGGCUUGAGAGGGAUUCAAAGUAUUUUAUCAAUCACCUCGAAGCUAUAUGUAAGAAAAGGCUGCAAUGUGAUAAAAAUGGCUAUCACUCAAGCAAUAAGUAUUUGCCAUGGCCAGCAAAAUUGGUUUCUUUGAGAGGAGUAGCAGAAGAUCAUUUUGCUGUUGUCGAUAUAACUAACGGAAAAAACAUGGUAAUCGAAGAAGUUGAAGCUUCUAGGACGACUUUUACAUUAUACGAGGGUGGUAUUUUCAUUCAUCAAGGUUAUCCAUAUUUAAUUAAGGAGUUCAAUGUCGAUGAAAAGUAUGCUAAGGUACUUAGGGUAGAUGUUGAUUGGUUGACAAGCCAAAGAGAUUUUACAGAUGUAGAUCCUCAGGAAAUUGAAAUGGUGCGUUCUUUAAUAGAUAGUGACGUUCCAAUAUAUUUCGGAAGAAUCCAGACCAAAAUGGUCGUUUUUGGGUUCUUUAAGAUCGACAAGUACAAUAGAAUACUCGAUGCUGUUGAAACCCACAAUCCACCAGUGAUCAUCAAUUCGAAAGGUUUAUGGAUUAACAUUCCAAAUAUAGCUUUGGAUUUAAUAAAAGAACAUCAAUUAAAUAUGGCAGGAGGUAUACAUGCAGCCCAACACGCAAUAAUUGGAUUGCUUCCUAGAUUUAUUGUUGCUGGCGUUGAUGAAAUUAAUACAGAAUGCAAGGCUCCUGAGAAGGAGUUUGCAGAGAGACAAACUAAAAGAAUAAGACCAGCUAGACUGAUAUUUUACGAUUCUAAAGGUGGAAAACAUGGAUCUGGCCUUUCUGUUAAGAUGUUUGAUCACAUAGAUGAUAUAAUACACGGUGCUCUCCAGAGGGUCGAAGAGUGUCCUUGUGAAAACGGUUGUCCGGAUUGUGUCGCAGCAGCAUAUUGCAAGGAAAACUCUCUUGUAAUUUCGAAGCCAGCAUCAAUUAUAAUUCUUCAUUCAAUAUUGGGCCAUGAUAUAUCGACAUAUAUACACAGAAUCAAAGAUGGACCCGAGCCGACCAUGCCGGAUGUUAAGGUAGAAACAGUUCAGCCGGUAUUAGAGCAAGUAAAGUUUGCGCCGGAUUUCAGAGUUAUUGAUGCCAGGUGCAGCAAAGUCCCUAAAAAUAAAGAAUUGCUCAUUACAUCUCAAGAACAUAUAGACGCCAAGUCUAAACAGGAACAGGAAGCGCCUCCAUCUUCUUAG